CUUGAGCUCAGAAUCCUUCAUUCGCAUCCGACGUGAAUUAGGGUUAUUCACAUUACACGAUAUAGCUCACCUGCCGACCUAGCACUAGAAGGUAUCUAGCUGAUCUGAGUUACCUUCUUUGUCUCGAUUCCUUUAGAGAACUUAGGAUCAAGGUUCCCCUAAAUCAGUGAACUAAUAUACCUUCCUCAAUAACUCUUCCCACGAUUCUUGGAAUUCUUCCGGAUCAAGUUUCUCUGAUUCCUUAUUCAGUCUGACCUUCCCUUAAUGAACUCACUCUUGCAACUUAAAAAGCAGAUCAGAAUCGUAACCUAGCCCACAUCUACUGUCUGCAAUCUAAAAGCCCUCAUGGCUGCCCCAAACCAACACAUAGCCUCUCUUCGCCUAGCUCAAGCCGCCAUUUUCAAUGGCAAGGGCUUUGAAGAUGCAGCGGGGUAUGCUCGCUAUCUUCAUCACUUUCAAGAUCGUACCCUGCUUCCAUCUAUCACUCUUGAUCCCUCCAGAUUCAAUAGGUAUGGGAUGGAUGUUCCACGCCUAAUCAGCACUAUUGGAUGGGGGGAUAUCCUUCCAAAUCGCAAUUUUGGGUUUCGACCUGAGGCAGUUCGAAUGUUUUAUGCCAAUAUGAAGCCGUGUCUUCAUAUCUCUCCCCCGUGCUUUACAACGAUAGUAUACAACUAUCUGAUCACCAUCAAUGUGGAAUUACUAUCUCUGCUGCUUGGAAUUCCCAUUGCGGGAGCUGAAGUCAUGAAUGAAUCAGACUUUCAUUCAGUCGAUUUCAAUGAAGGAGAUGCUAUGCGAUUGUAUACUCGCGACACUGGACGCUACUAUCCUUCUGAGUUUCAUGCUGGGCGACUCCCAGAUGAUCUUAAAGUGAUGCACUUCUACAUAACUCGAUGUUUUCUGCCUCGGUCGUUUGGGCUCAACACUAUCUAUCCUUCUGAUCUCUGGAUCAUGGCUAGUGCCAAAGAAAACCGGGUUAUCAGCUAUCCCCAUCUCAUGUUCGACCACAUGUUGAACUUCCAUGCUGAUAACUAUGCUGCUGAUCUACCCUUUGCACCACAGAUUACUCAAAUCUUGCUGGCCUUAGGCAUAGAUCUUCGCUUUAAGGUGGCUCGUGUUGAUAUUCUCGGUUCUCUUCGUGCUCAAUUCGUUCUUCGUAAGGUGGAUGCCUCUGUUGGUCGUCGUGGCCCCCGAGUCAAUGCUCCAGGGGGAGAAGCAGCAACUGCUGGAGUUCUCUCGCGUCAGGACGGACUCAGUUUGUCUGAGCUAGGAGGGGAUGAAGCAGCAGAGGAACCUGAUACAGACAUGGCAGACAGAGUCGUGAGAGACAAUGGGAAGCGACCAAUGAUGGACCCACUGGAGGCUGUUCGAGCUAUGUUCAGACAGGAGGAAGCUAGUAGUAGCAAUAGGGGACUGAUGAUUGAGGAUGAUGAUACCAUAUCAGACUAUGUGCCGUCACCUAGGUUCUCGUUUUAGAAGGAAUAUUGAACUGAGGGGGAGUCAGAAAGCAGGCCGGGUAGUGUGUCUUUCGUAGAUGUCAUAGAGUCAAGGUUGAAUAAACGCCCUGCCAGGGCUCAUGUCAUUUUUAUUUUUCAAAGUACGAGUCUAGAGUGUUUUGAGUCUUUGUUUCAACAAUUCUGUUUCAACUAUCAAUAAACUUGUCUCGGCUUGGAUUGUCAAUUAAGGUGAUAUACUUAAGCAAAGUCUGUGUUUAGAACAGUCUGCAUGUAACCGUGUGUUGGAGUGUGUGCAGGAACUCCAUCAGCAGCUCAGAGGAUCAUUGACUGUCUUAGGGGGAGAUUGUUGACAAAUCAAGCCAGCCAAUAAUCUUAAAUCAAGAAAAAGAGAUCGUAACUCUGGUGGAGCAGCAUUUGGAAAGAAAUAUGAACAAGGGGAAAGCAGAUUUGGAAAAUCGGAAGGAUUGAUUGAGACAAGGAGUUCCAGGAAAGAAUUCAAAAGAGAAGACCUACUAUACUUGGAAGACAACGGCUAACCUGCAAGGAGUACAAAUACUCAGCUCCAGAUCAAGAAGAAAUCACUUUUCCAAGAGAUCAAGUUACACAGGAAACGUUAGAGUUAUAGCGAGUGUAAUUGAUAGUGAAAAGGGGGUUCUAGCAUUGAUUCAGGAGUGAAACAGUGUUAGGGAAAAGAGGUGUUGGAAAACACAGGAGCUGGAUAGCUUGGGAUUGGGUUCGUAGAUAGGAAUCUUGAUCAUCCAUCCAGGAUUGGUUUGGGUGAUCUCAUAGAACGCAUAACUGUCAACAUAUCAAGAGCGACAUAUCUAGUGGAUCGUUGGAAGUCACAAAUCGUGAUUCUCCAACCGUGGAGUAGUCAGUAUUGGGAUUCAUUUUCUCCCAAUACUGGAAACCACGUAAAAACUGAGCCUGUGUCUUUUACUUCAGUAUAAUAUCUCUGUUUGGAUAGCUUCUUUGUUUUGCAGGUACAGGGGAGCUCGAGUCUGCUCAAGAAACCCAGACGCUUGCGAAGGAAGAAGAAGGUCCCGAGUAGAGUAACUUGAAACGAAUCGUUUCACUAAUAAGAAGAGUUUGGCAGGCUGACAAUUGAGUGGGCCUGCGCUUUCGAGCCCAACGAAAAGAGAGUGAUCUCUCAGCCUACUAACACCUACACGAAUUUGGUUCAACUCUGUCGUCGAUUCAGCAACCCUAUUUCUCAUUCUCAUUCGAUCUUCCAAAAGGGAAUUUAGGGUUCGCAGGAACAAAACCACCCAACUCGAGAAGAAGGUGUCUCGCGCUCGACGCUGCUAACAAUACGUACGUACAUGCAUGCCAAUUGGCUAGACGCACACACCCGCUCCCAUGGCACAUUUUUACCGACAUAUGAUAAAAUUGGACGAUAAAAAAAGAUUAGCAUG